GCUCUGUAGGAUCUUCUUGGCUGACUGUGGACUCUGCAACUCACCAUAUUGUACAGAGCUCGACGAUGACUUUGAGCAAAGGGAUCUUGAGGAAACGGGUCUUGAAGAACGGGACCUUGAAGAAUUCUUCCAGGGAAAUAGGGCCCCGAAACUUGUUAAAACUUGAGGUUGACUCUCUCUGCCGAGGUGGCAACGUGGCUGCUAGAGGCCUGCGUGAAGAGGAAGUGUUCGAAGAGCGAUAUGGAGUGUUUAAAGAGUAAUAUGGAGUGCCUGAAGAGCGAUAUGGAGUGCCGGAAGAGGGAUGCGAAGUGUUCAAGGAAUGAUAUGGGGUGCCUAAAGAGCGAUGUGGAGUCCCUGAAGAGCGAUGUGGAGUGUUCAAAGGUUGAUAUGGGGUGUGCAGCUGAGGAGAAGAGACCGAUGACAAAAACCUUGCAGACGAUGCAAGUUUAUGGGUAUUUUCAGCCUCCAGAAGCGGUGAAGAUCUUCUAUUGUUGAGGAGUUCAUUUUCGACUAUGGAAACUUGCAAUGUUACAAUGACAUCUUGCGGUGCAUCCAGCUCUCCAUAAGUUAAAGACUCCAAGCGAUAUUGGUGGGCUAAGUAGGAAGGUGAUCUACACCCAUCGUUAUCUUCAUCAGACCAGUACUCUGCUUCGACUUCAUCUUCAACUCCCUCACUCAUAGAUCCCGCAUAUAGA